AUGGGGGCAACAAAUACUUGGUACUGUCUCUCAUGCAAAACCUCCCAAUACGGCUCCGUAUCAGCGGUUCGAUCGUGCAAGUACUGUAACUAUACAAUGAGUAUAUGUCAUGAGCCUGGAGGUAUGACUGUGGCUGUAGAGGCUCCUACCAAGGAUCGGGAGAAGGAUCAGAUUGUUGUUGAUGAUGUUGGUGAAAAGGGAAUGGGAAAUGGAAAGGAAAAGGGAAACGCUGGGUCGAAGACGGGCAAGUCAAACAUGGGCUGGUGGGGGUUCUGUCAUUCAGUCACUUGA